AUGUCAGAGCCACCAAUGGUUCCUAUAGCCACUAAUGGUUCUCGAUUCUACCAUGACUGUCUGGUUCAAAUCCACGACUUGGGCAGAUACGUUCAUCAUCUCCAAAAUGGUUUGGCAAUGCUAAAGAAUCACAUACAAAAGCAUGAAGAAUCCAUUCCGGACCCAAAAGAAAUCGUGGACACCAAAAUCGGGUCAAUCAUUGUCGAAAAACAUUUGGAGGACCAUAUGAAGAUGUUGGAAAAUCUGGGAACACAGGUGAAACAAUGGGAACAACAUUAUUUCUGUGCUCAACAAGGAAUCCGUCAACCUCCUCCCAUAAAUUCUGAUUGGGAAGGUAGCGCGAGCGGUAGCUCGAACCAGAAACCGCCAGAAACAUUUGAAGAGGCUCUCGAAUUAUGGAAUAAACAUUUCCCAACUGACCCUGGUUAUCGAGUCGAUAAGGAUCUCACAUGCUAUCUAUUCAACCCGGAUGGGGAGAAAAUAGCCCCACAAAUUAUAAAGCAGGCAAUGACUCAACGAGAUUUCUAUCAAAGUGUUUGCCCAGUGACCAAAGGAAACCCAUCAUGGACACAAUUGAGUGAAGACGAGCAGGACGAAUGGGCGACUGCAUGCAAACAGAUGAAGGAUAUUCAGAAGAAACAGUUGGAAUUAGGAUUGAUCAAAACGAGAGAUAUAAGUGAGAAGCAUAGAAGAUCGAAGGAGAAGAGGAAGGCGCGGAAGAUGAAGUUCGAUUUGAUGAAAAAUGAUAACUGA